AUGGCAGCGGGCGAGGGCCGGGAGGAAAUGGUGGGGAUCUUCUUGCGCAAUAUCCCUGCGAAGUGUGACCAGGGAAUCUUGUGCAGUUUCCUCCACACAAAGGGUCUCACAGAUUUUGAGAUCGAGAUGGCGCUUUUUCCAGAUGGCAAGUCACGGGGAUUUGCUGUGAUCCAUUGCUGCCAAACGUGUGUUCAGACGUUCGUCGGCAAAGUUCACGGAGAGUUCGUCCCGGGUUUCGGAAAGACAACUCCACUUUACUGCGAAGCAUUCCGCGGCAAAGGCCCCCGGAGAUUCCGUCAGAGCACAUGCGUCCUACUUGGAGAGCCGGCACUGCCCGUCACGCCCGGACCCUGUGGAUGUCAGACGAGCGCUUUCAAUCCAAAUACCAUGGAGGCAGGUCAUGUUGAGCCGACUGCAUCGCCGACUGCUUCAGGCAGUCCUUCAGAGACCGUGGACCUGCGGCCAGCUUGCACGAUAGUAUUAAGCGCCGAGGGGAAACUCAGCUUUUUCCUCUAG